UAAAUUGAUAAAGAGGAUUCCCCUCUUCACCAUUAACCUGUGAAUUUUUUUGUCUUUUUUCCUUGCAAUUAGACCAUCCGAUCCGAUAAAUCUCAGCAGUGGUUAAAACCUCAUUCUUUAUUGAACUCUCCGGAUCAAGUUCCAGGUUAUAAUGGAAUUAGCAGACAGAGCGGUCGGCUUGCUUUUGUCCAUCAUCAGCCUGUCCAUUUUCACUUAUUAUACCUUCUGGGUUAUCAUCCUGCCGUUUGUUGAUAGCGACCAUUUUGUGCACAAGUACUUUCUACCUCUGGAAUAUGCCAUUCUUAUUCCUGUAUGUGCCGGCGUGACACUUAUUUGCUUCCUCUCCGUAUUUAUUGGAUACGUAAUGCUCAAAUCCAAGAAGAAAAAGGCGUGAAGUGAGUGAUUUGAACAUUUCACAUUUCAUUUCUUCCUUCAUCACAUAUUUAUCUCAAAAUUUUUAGUUGCAUUUGAGCAGUUCUUAAGGAAUGAUCAUCACAGGAACAUUUGUUUGGAUAUUUUUCUUACUUUUAGGUAAUAAAACUUGUUUAUUUUAAUAA